ACAAAGAUCUAACCACCUCCUCUCCCUCGCCAACGCGAACACGCUUGCCGACAUGGACAGAGGCACCACGCGCGAGAUCGAGGUGGCGCGGGGAGAGGCGUUCCGGUGGCAAUGGCAAGGACGCCCGGAAGAGCCGGAGGAGAAGGACAUAGCCGUUGACCCCUUCUCGCUCCGGCAGUUCUCCCGGCUCGACAUCGACAGGCCGCUGCCCAUCCCCUCCGUUUCCGUCGCUGACCGCGGCGUAUCGCCGGCUCCGUUCGGCAGCGCGAGCGUGCCGAGCCCCGCGGCGCCAUCCCCGCGUCUGUCCGCCGACGGCCGGCUAAAGGCUCCGGCCGCGCCCACAGGAUGGGACGACGCGCACGCGGCGUCGUCGGCGCAGGUGUCCCCCAAGGCGCUGCUGCCAAGGAGUAGGUCCUCCGCCGGCGGUGAGACGGAGCUGAGCGACGGCGGGUUCAACGCCGUCCUCUCGUCGUCGGAGCGGAGGGCGGGCGAGCCGCAGCGCUGGGGCAGCGACGUGCCGCUCAUCGCUACCGCGGGCGCCGAUGAGGAGCGGACAUGCUACGCCAUCGGUGACGCACGCGGCAAGAACGGACGUCGCAACCAGGCGACGCACGCGGGGUUCAACUGCUGUCUGUACCUCCCAGGGCUGACCAGGAGGAGAAAACCGUCGGCCACGGAGCCGGUUCGCUCGGCGUCAAUGACAUUCGGCAGGGCCGCCGCGGAGUCCGACGACCCGGGCACGUUCGGCAGGGCCGCCGUGGAAGAGUACUCCGGCCCAGGUACGGCACGUCCGAACACCAUGUCGCUUGCCGUGUCGCUGGAGCGGUUCGACUGCGGCUCCCUGUCGACGUCCUCGCGCGGCCUGGACCUCGACGGCGGGGCCUCGUCGUCCUACUUCGACCUGCCGCUGGAGCUCAUGCUGGGCUGCCACGACGACGACGAGUCCGACCUGCCGGUGUGCGCCGCGUUCGUGUUCGACAGCGACGGCAUCCGGAAGAGCGUGCUCAAGAAGAGGCCGGUGGGCGCGCCGCCGCGGCCAUCGUUGGGAAAGGUGUCCACGGACGCGUCCGGCAGGAAUUCGUCCCGCAACGUCCGGUUCUCCUUGACGUCGAGCUCUGCACCGGCACCCACGCCGUUGUAA